AUGAAGCGUCCCCUGACCCCGUUCCACUCCCCUGGGAGUGGUAUUUGUGGAAGCCUCGCGGAGAACUCAUGCAUAGGAAGUCCUCCAGAGCAGCGUACAAAGAGAGAGAAAAAACAUCCAUCGUUCACCCUCUGUGAAGUGUGUAAUAUCCAGCUCAAUUCUGCUGUCCAGGCCCAGAUCCAUUUCAAUGGGAAAUCUCACCAGAAACGCCUCAAACACCUUAACAAAGGCAAAGUCCUGUCAAGUCCAGGUCCAGCUAGUCACAAUAGCUCCCUCUUAGCCUCGCUUCCCAUCCCAGGACGGUCUUUGCAUCCAUCACUGGAUAUCAAGCAUUUUCUGACUUUCCGCCUCAAUGGCACCCCUCCACUCAACCUCUUUCCUAAUUUCAACACGAUGGAUCCAGUACAGAAGGCAGUAAUCAACCAUACCUUUGGUGUACCCAAUCCGCUCAAGAAGAAGCAGUUCAUCUCUUGUAAUAUUUGCCACCUGAGAUUCAACUCUGCGAAUCAAGCUGAGGCACAUUACAGAGGCCACAAGCAUGCCCGGAGACUCAAAGCCAUUGAAGCAGUGAAAAAUAAGCACAAGACAGCUGACAAUAGCAGCAGCAGCAGCAGCCAAGAAAAAAUGGCUGACUUUGAAGCUGCACUAGAUAUCAGCAGAGACACCACUACCAACAGCACAGCGCAAUCCAAUAGCUUGCUAGGACUGAGCCAACCAAUGACAGAACAUUGGAACCUCAUGCUGAUGUCCCCGACAGAGGAAUCACCAGCCAAGAUACCUACUGGCGUCCUGUCCCUGGUCUCCCCAUCAGUUUCAGAGCCCUUGGAAGGAGCUCCAGAUAGUGCAAGUGUGACAUCUGCAGCAGCAGCAGCAGCAACAGCUGGUAUGGAGGUGCCAGCCACUGAAUCUGGAGGAACCACCAGCUCAGCACCAGAGGUGGAGAAAGAGGGGAAGAAAAUCAGGCAGCACUUGUACUGUCCCACUUGCAAAGUAACAGUUAACUCUGCCUCUCAGUUGGAGGCUCAUAAUUCUGGAGCAAAGCACAAAUCGAUGCUGGAAGGGCAGACUGUUUUGCCGAGGCGAGGCCGAGGGAAGGUCCUUUCCCGAGUGGGACACAAGCCCAAACGGAUUGGCAGCAAGGGCAGCCUCAACAUUCAGAACAAGGCCUUCCAGUGCCAGGUGUGCGAGAUCUUUGUCAACUCAGAGACGCAGCUCAAACAGCAUAUGAGCAGUAGACGCCACAAAGACAGGCUUGCAGGAAAGCCACCAAAGCCCAAAUACAGCCCGUACAGCAAGCUACAGAAGAAUACCGCCCUGGCAGUGAGUAUUCUCAAGUCCAAACUGGCUCUGCAGAAGCAUCUCACGAAGACCUUGGCUGCCCGGUUCCUGCCAAGUCCCCUGACGCCUGCCACUGUGUGCACUUUGCCCAGCCCACUAACUCUCCGACCAGCUGCUGCUACCCUCUUCCAAGCACCAAUCUUUGGACCAGCGCUUUUUCGAACCCCCCCAGGCCCUGUGCGAGCAGCUACAGGCCCUAUCGUCUUUGCCCCUUACUAG